AUGGCACUUGUAAACGAAUUUAUGGGUUCUUCAUUGAUAGAGCGGUCCUCACGAUGGGUUGUCUCCUCCUCAACAAAUUCAAAAUCAAAACCAGUGUUUCAGUUCAUAGAAAUGAGAAAGGAAAACACAAGAUCUGUGAGGUUGACGAAGGCUGCAAAGUUUCCUUCAGCAGUUGUCAGCGAGGAUUUGGUUAAUACGCUUUCCGCCUCCACCUCCGCCACCGCCACCGCCCCCUUGCACGCAAAAAAAGAGAAACCAGUGCAGUUCAAGGUUAGAGCUGUAGUGACGGUGAGAAACAAAAUCAAAGAGGAUUUUCAAGAGACAGUUGUCAAGCAUGUUGACGCCAUCGCUGAUAGCAUGAUAGGAAGAUGUAUUUUCCUGGAGCUCAUCAGCACUGACAUUGAUCCAAGAACGAAAGGUCCAAAGAAGAGCAAGGAAGCAGUGGUGAAGGACUGGUCGAAGAAAUCGAAUGUUAAAGCGGAGAGAGUUACUUACACGGCUGAAUUCAUUGUUGACUCCAAUUUUGGGGAUCCGGGUGCGAUUACGGUGUGCAACAAACACCAGAGAGAGUUCUUCUUGGAAACUAUAACCAUCGAAGGGUUUGCCACUGGCCCACUUCAUUUCCCUUGCAAUUCAUGGGUAAGGCCCACCACCAAGGAUCAUCCUGGAAAGAGGGUUUUCUUCUCUAACAAGCCAUACUUACCUAGAGAUACACCUACUGGGCUUAGAGUAAUGAGGGAGAAGGAGCUAAAAAACCUUAGAGGAGAUGGCACAGGAGUUAGAAAAUUAUCCGACAGAAUAUAUGAUUUUGACACCUACAAUGAUUUAGGAAAUCCAGAUAGAGGAGCUGACCUCUCCAGACCAACUCUCGGUGGAUCCCAAGAACAUCCAUACCCGAGACGCUGUCGUACUGGCCGCUCCCCAACUGAUACCGAUAUGCGUGCAGAGAGUCGUGUGGAGAAACCACAUCCUAUGUACGUACCAAGAGACGAACAAUUCGAGGAGUCUAAGCAGAACACAUUCUUUAUCAAGAGGCUCAAAGCAGUGCUUCAUAACUUGAUCCCUCGCCUUAAGGCUAGCCUUUCUGUUAAUAACCAUGAUUUCAACGAUUUCUCAGACGUUGAUUGCCUUUUCAGUGAAGGCUUGCUCAUUAAGUCCCGCUUGAAAGACGACCAAUCUUCUGUCUUAAACAAAAUCCCACUCCCAGAAUUGGUCACCAAGAUACAAGAAUCCAGCCAGGGACUUCUUAAGUUUGACACCCCCAAGAUUAUUUCCCUGGACAAGUAUGCCUGGCUACGAGACGACGAAUUUGCCCGCCAAGCAUUAGCAGGAGUGAACCCUGUUAACAUUGAGAGGCUUCAAGUUUUCCCACCCGUAAGCAAGCUUGACUCAAGAAUAUACGAUAUCCAAGAGUCUGCCCUUAAAGAAGAACACAUUUUAAGCCAACUUAAUGGCAUGACAGUGCAUCAGGCAAUAGAGGAAAAUAAAUUGUUUAUGCUAGAUUACCAUGAUAUCUACUUUCCUUUUCUGGAAGGGAUCAACAGCUUUGAAGGUAGAAAAUGUUACGCUACGCGUACCCUAUUUUUCCAGACACCCCUUGGGACUCUGAAGCCUAUAGCUAUAGAACUUAGCCUGCCUGGAUCAAAACGAGUUGUUACCCCACCUGUAGAUGCAACUAGUAAUUGGAUGUGGCAGCUUGCCAAGGCUCAUGUUUGCGCCAAUGAUUCUGGCGCGCAUCAACUUGUCAACCAUUGGUUACGCACACAUGCGUGCAUGGAGCCUUUUAUAUUGGCUGCUCAUAGGCAAUUGAGUGAAAUGCAUCCUAUUUUCAAGUUGUUGGAUCCACACAUGAGAUACACAUUAGAGAUCAAUGGCAUAGCUAGGCAGGCCCUUAUCCAUGCCGAUGGAGUCAUCGAGUCUUGCUUCACUCCUGGACGCUACUGCAUGGAGAUCAGUUGUGCUGCUUACAAGAACUUGUGGCGCUUUGACACGGAGGGCCUCCCCGCCGAUCUCAUCCGCAGAGGAAUAGCAAUACCAGACCCAACCCAACCAAAUGGCUUAAAGCUAUUAAUACAAGACUACCCUUACGCAACGGACGGGCUUCUCAUCUGGUCUGCUAUAGAAAACUGGGUCCGCACUUACGUGAACCAUUACUACCACGGCCACGAUGGCCAGCUUGUUUGCAAUGACAAAGAGCUACAAGCUUGGUACUCAGAGUCAAUCAACGUGGGCCAUGCUGAUCUCAGCCAUGAAAGCUGGUGGCCCCCACUGAACAACAACGAGGAUCUCGUCUCCAUCCUCACCACCCUCAUCUGGACAGCAUCCGCACAGCAUGCAGCUCUUAACUUCGGGCAAUACCCUUACGGUGGUUAUGUGCCAAAUCGUCCGCCGUUGAUGCGAAAACUAAUCCCGGAAGAGGGCGAGGCUGAAUAUAAGAAUUUCAUAGCGAACCCGCAAAAGUAUUUCCUAAACUCUCUACCGAGCCUGCUGCAGGCCACAAAGUAUAUGGCUGUGGUGGACACACUCUCCACUCACUCCCCUGACGAGGAGUACCUGGGAGAGCGGCAGCAGCCCUCCAUAUGGUCGGGCGAUGCGGAGAUCGUGGAGGCAUUCUACGCGUUCUCGGCGGAGAUCAGAGGCAUAGAGAAGGAGAUUGAUAGAAGGAACUGUGAUCCAACACUUAGGAACCGCUGCGGGGCUGGUGUCUUGCCUUAUGAGUUGCUUGCACCUACCUCCCAACCUGGCGUUACAUGUAGAGGAGUUCCUAAUAGUGUCUCCACUUAAAUCAUAAAUCAUAACAUUAAUUAAUUCAACAAAUUAUUAGUCAAAAUGUAUCUUAUUUCUCACAAUCUCAUUCUACGCUCCAUAUUUUGUAUAUAUUUAGCGGUAUAUAUAAUUUUUUUAUUUAGUAA